AUGCCCACGCAGGAGUCCCAGCCGCCAUUGAAACGGCCGCCUUUGGGUAGACGCCAUGCAUCCACGCCCGCCUUGUCCAAGCGCACCGUGGAAGUUCCUUCGACCCCUUCGACCCCUCCAGCUUCAACGCAAUACCAUCCUCACAAAGUUACCACACCGCAUCGGGGUCCGCGGCAACAUGUUGUUGGCGGUCAGAAUCGCAUGGGUCAUUCCCGAAAUCUAUCUCUCGGCAAGAACCUAAACAAGCUGCAUAAGCAGACCCAAAGCGAAUCAGGAGCGACCUCAAAACCGCACCGCCGAUCGCAGUCUAUUGCUCCGCUUACGGAAUCUCAUACUUUCCGACGUGUCGGUUCCAAUGUGUCUCUGUCGAGGAACACGUCUCAUGUGUCAUUGAAGAAGAACGCCUCCAAUGUAUCAUUGAAACGCAUCGGCUCAGGAGCCGAUGUUGGAAGACAUAAAAGAACUGUCAGCAUCCGACGCUCCCGCUCAUCCUCGCAGCCGGGAAGAACAAGUCAGGGCAAUCGCUCGACGAAUGGCGCAGUCCAUUUCCAUAUAGGAGGUGAAAUGGAGGAUGACGAAGAGCAAGAUGCGAGCUGGGUCGAGGAGAACAGCUCCCAGUCACCAGGAAUAUCGCGCGAUAAUUCUAUGGCGCCAACACCGGCAGGCGAGCGCGAACCUAAGGACGAACAACCGGUCAACAUGGUGCAGCAGCUCCAGCGACCUCAAAGAGUCGAUUCUCCUCGACUUGGAAAGACGUCAUCGAGACCGGUCUCGAGGUCUUCAUCACGAGCCCCUUCAAGGCCUUCAUCAAGACCUUCGUCAAGGCCGCCCUCGCCAAUUCAGGAUCCUCCUCGAGUAGGACAGCGAUCUGUUUCAGGUCAAACCGCCUCCAGUGGCACCUCGGGUAUGGCGAGAUCCCAGGAAUCAAGGACCCCAGACGCAGACAUUAUCACUGCUCGUUUGCUUCAUCGACACCCUGUACAUAACGCUCCGCCUCAAAUGUCAGCUAUUUCGGCCACGGCCACGGCCACCCCAGGAAGUCCACAACCGCAAUCGUUUGGACAGACGCAAUCUUCUACCGGUAGCGGCACCCCUGGUACGGCCGGCGACCUCGUUUCACGGUUCCUGGGCGCUGCCUCUCAGGCCACGCCCAAGGAAAGCCUAGUAGUGACCCAUGCUCGAAAUCCCGACGAGCAGGACUCUGCUUCCCAGGGUGGGACGCUCGAUUUACACAAGCGGGUCAAAUCCCUGGUCGACCUUCCUUCACAGCAAGGACGCCCUUCAUCAUCGACAUCUUCCCCCGCCCCGCGCGCAUUGGGUCACCGCACCGUCCAGUCGCCAAGUCGCACCCCGAGCGGCAGCGGCAGCGGCAGCAAUCUGCCGUACAACCAAGUCCAUCCCUCGCGAACCCAGCAAAAGCUCUGGCUGCAGCGUGCCAGCUCCAAUGUGGAACCUGGCGCUCUCGCACCUAAUGGCAGCGCAGUAGGGGCUGGCGCAGCAGGAGGCAUGGGCGUUGGCCUUUCUCUGGAUGGCCGAAUCGAAUCCCGCCUCGCGCGCCAAUCCGAACAAACCGCGCUUGAGUAUCGCGUCGUUCGCCGUUUCCGCAGCCCAAUCGCGGACGCUCUCGUCCGACUCACUGCCCUCCCAAGCUCUGACAAACGCAAGCCCAUACCACGACGGCAAACAACAGUCGCCCACCAGGUGGGUGCUGGCGCUCGAGACCGGUCCGGUCUCAGUCAAAGCCUGCGAGGAGAUCCCGCCGCUGUCGCUCGAAAUGCCCGCCUUCCACGAACCUUGAGCGCGCGUGUCGUUUCUGCUACCGCCGGCAUGGGCGGAGGAGGGUCCGCCCUAAAGGAGUCUCAGUCGGCGGUGGCUGACGAUGAGAGCGAUCAUGAUAGCGGUCCAGACGAGAACGAUCGCGAUCACGUUGAGAAACUCCUUCGACGGAUGUGGGAUCAGGUCGAAUAUGUCUGUGGCGAGUCCUAG